GUGCCAGUGAGGCAUUCGGCGAGCCAUUGGUCGACAACAUGAGACUUUUCCAUCGCUCCCUUCGCACGCCGCGGAAGACAACUCUCCAGCAAACCCGGCAUUUCCACCCUACAAAGCCGUCACCUUUCAUCAACGAAGUUCUAGAUGGAUCAUCCACAUUUAUUCAGAGCGUUCAUUCAGUCAGCGGCUUACCAUGGGCGUUAUCCAUUCCAUUGACUGCGUUGAUCGUUCGAACAUGCGUCGCAAUGCCUCUACAGAUAUACACCAAGAUCCAAGCGCGCAAAGAGCGAGAUCUAGUUCCGCUUCUCUCUUCCUGGAAGAAGUACUACCAAAAUGAUCUUAUACGAAAGAAGUAUAACGUCUCCGGGGAUAUGGAUUUAUACAAUCCCUCCAAUGAGGUUAUUUCUGAGCUGGCCAUGAAGAUGAGAGAGAGGCGGAGGAUCUUGAAAGAGAAUUGGAACGUCCCUAAGUACUGGAAGCCAGUUACUUUCUUGCAAAUACCUGUUUGGAUUUCGGUCAUGGAGAGCCUCCGAGCCAUGUCGGGAAAUGACAAGGGUCUCGUUCCGUAUCUCCUGUCCCUCCUUGAACCUGCUUCAUCUUCAGAAGGUGGCAGUCCUCUCCAUCUAGCAGUCGAACCCUCGCUAGCGACAGAGGGUGCGUUUUGGUUCCCGGAUCUGCUAGCAGGCGAUCCGACGGGUAUUUUACCGGCAGCAUUGACCGCUUCUAUCCUGCUUAAUCUUCACACCGGCUGGAAAGCCAGGCCUUUUGCGGAGAUGGCCGAUUUGCCAAAGGUAGAGCUCUACAAGCAACUAACUAUAAGGGGUAUCAGGACAUUCGUCCAGGUCCUUGCCCUAAAUGUUGGUCUUUCGUCCUACUACUUUGAAAUGCCCUCGGCGCUUCUGCUCUACUGGAUUAGUAGUUCGAGCAUUGCUACGCUGCAAACGCUUUCCUUGGACAAGCUCAUGUUCAAGAAGAAGCCACUCAAGCCUUGGAAGAACAUGCAUAUCAAGUGGGGUCCCGACCAAGAACCGUCAAGCAUACAUAGAACCAUAAUGAGGUUCACGAAAGGCCGCAAGUUGUGGGAAGAAUAGAUAAGCCAAUUACUAGAGAGACCCGGCCAGUGUGAAGCUUGCGGCCGUUACCAGCGGGCGAGGCCCAGUGAUUGGGAAAACUAGCCUGCUAUCAUCACGACUCUCACGCU